AUGGUGGAUUGGACGGAAGAGUGCGAAGCAGCAUUCCAACAAUUGAAGUCUUAUCUCGGAUCUCCAUCUCUCCCGUUGAAACCCGAACUAGGGGAAGCUUUGCUGUUAUAUCUCGCAGUGUCCGACGCCACGGUUAGCUUGGUUCUGAUACGGGAGCAUGAAGGAAAGCAGCUGUCAGUCUAUUACGUCAGUAAGACAUUGUUAUCGACAGACAUAAGAUAUCCACUCCUGAAAAAAGUGGCCUUAGUCCUGAAACCAGAAGCAUUCGGCCGACUUAUGAAGUGGGCGAUCGAACUCAGCGAAUUCGACAUCCAAUACAAGCCGAGAGUAGCAAUCAAAGGGCAAGCCGUGGCCUACUUCAUCACUGAAGUGACACCACAAACUGAUCCAAUGACUGUGCAUGUCACCAAGCCUAUUAAGGCUAAGACAGCUUCUCCCGAGUCAGCAUUCGACCCAAUUCCUUGGAAGUUGUAUGUCGAUGGCUCCUCCAACUCAAAGACACGUAAAGAGCAAUUGAAAGCAUACAUGGAGAAAGUCAAAGAGUUAAUCAAUGGAUUUCAACAAUGUGUGGUUACUCGGAUUCCUAGGACAGAAAAUACUAAGGCCGAUCUAUUAGCAAAACUUGCCUCAGCCGACGAAGACAACAUACCCAGGUCUGUUCCAAUCGAAUACGUCGUUAAGCUGAGUAUUAAUGAACCAGUCAGCUCGACCAUACAAACAAUUAAUUCGGAACCUACUUGGCUCAACCCGAUCGUCCAAUAUCUCGAUAAUGGAGAAUUGCCCGAAAAUCAUGCCGAGGCUCGACGAUUGAAGAUCCGAGCUUCCUGUUACACUAUACUCAACGGGGUGCUGUACAAGAAAGGCUACUAUGCUCCCCUCUUACGAUGCCUGAAUUCCAAUGAAGCCGAUUAUGCAUUGUGGGAAAUACAUGAAGGAAUCUGUGGAAAUCAUUCAGGAGAACGAUCACUCGCGCACAAGGUCUUACGUCAGAGAUAUUACUGGUUGACCAUCCAGCAUGACUCUCGUAAGCUCGUCCAGAGGUGCAACAAAUGCCAACGGUUUGCGGCCAUUCCGAGACAACCCCCGGAAGAGCUGACUCCUAUGACCGGUCCCUGGCCCUUUGCGUAA